AUGACAUUAGACAAACAGUUACCCAGGGGUGAAGACGGAGAGUUUUUCAAGAUAUAUCUAAAUGAUAACCAGAUAGCCGUUGUACGAAAGGGCGUGUUUGUCGGACUCCCCCACCUCACAUCCGUCAAUCUUUAUAACAACCAUAUAUCACACAUUGAAUCGAAGGCCUUUUAUAAUCUUUCCACAUUAGAGGAUAUUGUUUUGAAUAACAACAACUUGCAACAAGUUCUUCGAUGGACCUUUAUUGAAUUAAAGCUUUUAUUUGACAUAUACCUACAAAGCAACAACAUAUCAGUAAUUCAUAGGGAAGCAUUUGUAGCACUGCCUAAACUCCGGUCAAUAUACCUUACAGGAAACGCUAUUCAUUGUACCUGUGCUAUAGAGUGGUUCGCUCAGUACCUCAAAGCACACCCCAUCAUAUCCCAGAGAUCCGCCACACAAUGUGCAUAUCCUCCUACCUUGCAGGGAAAGGAGGUUACUCUUGUGAACUUCACAAGUCUUGUCUGUGAUUCACAAUCCAGUAUUUCAAUUGGGAGGAUGAAAGAGUCCACUAUACCAGCCUCUUAUUAUUAUCUGAGAGAUUGA